UCACGUGAUACUGGAAAAACAAUGGUAGAUGCCUCUUUAGGUGAAAUAAUGACAACAUGUGAGAAGAUAAAUUGGCUACUAUCAGAGGGUGAGAAGUGGCUAAAGCCUGAGUAUAGAUCCUCUGGAAGAGCAAUGCUUCAUAAAAGAGCCAGAGUAGAAUUUCACCCUCUGGGUGUUAUCGGUGCCAUUGUGUCAUGGAACUAUCCUUUCCACAAUAUUUUUAAUCCUAUGUUGGCAGUAGUUUUUUCUGGAAAUGGCAUUGUGAUUAAGAUUUCAGAAAAUGCAAGUUGGUCUGGGUAA